UGUUGUUGGGUUGGAAUUCAUAACGGGAUAUUUAACCAUCUCGGUGGGGCGGCUGGCCACGUCCAUGUAGCCGCAUUCCGUCGCAUCCGUGCGUCGCUGGACCCCGCCGCUUUCUGGCUGCAACAAAUGCGCAAACGCGUCUUUUUAAUCCUCUAAUCGACAGCCCCUUUGCGCUCCUUGAGUCUCUCUCCUCCUCCUCCACCACCUUCUUCUCUCUCCCUCUCCUGUGCUGGAUGAUUUCAUUUUGUUAACUCAUUAUCCUCGCAAAGGUCAAAGCUUCUAGGAAACGUUGAAUUACAGCUGGGAUAAGGCGACUUUUUCACCCGCAGCCAAAGUGAAAGUUUCUCGCUGGUGCGGCGGAUUGGUUCGGAGCAGCCUUCGUCAGCUUUCACUUUUACCUCUUUUCGGAUCCCUGAGUGUGUCCUGAGUGUUUUUGGAGUGCUUUUUUUUCUCUUCACGGAGUUGCUGUUGAACCCUGAUUAACUGUGAAAUGAGUUCCUCUCCAAUUUCGGCAAUUACGCAUCGACGAUGGGAAAUACUGAGUUGAACUUUAUCUGCUGUUCCAAACCGCGGUGUUCGGGGGGCGUUGAGGUGAUGCAGGUCCCCCGGUCAUCCCAGUGGAGGAGCCAGCUAAAAAAGAGUGGCUUUGGCUGCUGAACACCCCCACCUCCACCCUCCACCAUCACCACCCCUCAUCCCCUCCUCGCUCCCUCCAUCUCUGAUGGCUCUAUGGGGCGUCAUCAGCCUCAGCCUUCACUGCUGGGUGUGUUUACGGUCUGCGGUAACGGCAGCUGCUGCAGCAACAACCAGCCUCCCCAAUGAAAAGCCCGGGGGCCCCUUGGACUGGCUCCUGUCGGAUAAAGGGCCCUUCCACCACUCCCCAGAGUACAUCGACUUCGUGGAGAAGAACCGGCAAGGCUUCUCCACAAGAUACAAGAUAUACAGGGAGUUUGGAAGAUGGAAGGUGAACAACCUGGCCGUAGAAAGGAGGGAUUUCUUGGCAUCUCCGUUACCUCUGACCCCUGAGUUCAUCAGGAACAUUCGACUCCUGGGCCGCCGGCCCACCACUCAGAUGAUCACUGACAACCUGAUCAGGAAGUAUGGGACUCACUUCCUGCUGUCAGCUACACUGGGAGGAGAAGAGGCCUUAACGAUAUUUGUGGACAAGAGGAAACUGAGUAAGAAAGCCGAGGUGAGCGAUUAUUCAGGAAACUCCUCCACUGUGACUCUGGAAGCUCUGCACCAGCUGGCUGCCUCCUACUUCAUCGACAGGGAGAGCACCCUGCGCAAGCUGCACCACAUCCAGAUCGCCUCCACUGCCAUCAAGGUGACAGAGACCCGCACAGGUCCUCUAGGAUGCAGUAACUAUGACAACCUGGAUUCUGUUAGCUCUGUGCUGGUUCAGAGCCCUGAAAAUAAAGUCCAGCUCCAAGGUUUGCAGCUGAUCCUUCCAGUCUACCUGAGAGAAGGCUUCGUGCAGGCAGCUCUCAGCUACAUCGCCUGUAAUGGAGAGGGUGAAUUUGUCUGCAAGGACAAUGACUGCUGGUGCAGCUGUGACCCCAAGUUUCCUGAGUGUAACUGCCCAUAUAUGGACAUCCAAGCCAUGGAGGAGAGCCUGGAGAGGAUCACAGAGACGUGGGGGAUGCUGUAUAAAGAGUUUGAGGAAUCAGAUGAAUUCAAGGCCUUCUAUGCGAGACUGCCCCAGAACUAUUUCCUGAAUGUGUCAGCCAUCCAACACUUAUGGUCAAUGGACAACUUGUUCCAGUGGAGAUUUGAACAGCUGGAGAACAGCAUGCAGGUCCUCUCCAGACGAGCCCACAGAGUCAUCUUCAAGCUGUUCAGUCUGAGUAAAAGGUGUCACCGGCAGCCCCAGGUCCAUCUACCAAGAGAACGGCCUCAAUCCUACUGGCUCAAUCACUUCCAGUCUCUGCUCUACUGCUCUGAGAACAACCAGCUCGGCUCGUUCUCUGAGGAGCUCCACAGCUGCAGCUGCCGCUACGACCACAGCCCCUGUCAGCUGCCCCCGCCCUGCAUUGUCGGAGAGGGCCCGGCUUGUGCGGCAUGUGCACCGGACAACCACACCCGCUGUGGGAGCUGCAACCCGGGCUUCGGCCUGACACAGGGGGCCUGCCGGCCCAUGGUGGCCGACUCUUCAGAAAACUACCUGGGAUUCGAGACGGACCUCCAGGAUUUGGAGCUGGGCUACCUACUGCAGAGAGCUGACCGCAGGCUAGAGGUCCAUGCAAUUUUCAUCAGCAAUGACAUGCGACUCAACAGCUGGUUUGACCCUUCAUGGAGAAAAAGGAUGCUGCUGACACUGAAGAGCAACAAGUACAAGUCCAACAUGGUCCACAUGCUGCUUGGAAUAUCCCUCCAGAUCUGCCUUACAAAGAACAGCACCCUGGAGCCUGCCCUUACUCUUUACAUCAACCCCUUUGGAGGGAGCCACUCAGAGAGCUGGUACAUCCCUGUUAAUGAGAACGGUUUUCCAGAUUGGCAGGCCACCAAACUGGACCUUCCCUUUGAAUGCUAUAAUUGGACACUGACGCUGGGCAACAAAUGGAAGACGUUCUUUGAAACGAUUCACAUCUAUCUCCGCAGCAGGAUAAAGACUCAAGAUGGAGUGAAUGACAGUACUUACUAUGAGCCUUUGGAAAUGACAGAUCCUGUGCGCAACCUGGGGUACAUGAAGAUCAACAGCAUCCAGGUUUUUGGCUACAGCAUGCAUUUCGAUCCGGAAGCGAUUCGCGACUUGAUCCUGCAGCUGGACUAUCCUUACACCCAAGGCUCCCAGGACACGGCUAUGCUGCAGCUCUUGGAAAUACGAGACCGGGUGAACCGGCUGUCUCCUCCCGGUCAACAGAGAUUGGAUCUGUUUGCUUGUUUGCUGCGGCACCGGCUCAAACUGACUGCCAGCGAGGUGGUUCGCAUUCAUACCUCCUUACAGGCCUUCAGCUCACGUCUGCCCAAUUCGAUGGAUUACGAGACCACCAAGCUGUGCAGUUAACAGCUGCUUGAACAGUGAUCUUGACUGCCUCGAGGAGAGGUCCUGAACAAACAAUUUAAUCGUGCCCAUUGUGAGGCCCAUGCUUACAGCUGUCCCCUUAUCUCCAGGGAUUACCAAACUGUGCGGUAAAUCAGGAGAGAACCAGCUGUAGACAGCCCAAGAAUGUACUUAUGUGGUUGUUUUUGAUUUCUGUUUUGUGGCAACUACCUUCAGUGCUCUAUCAUAAAGACUGAGGUGGAUCAGCAAAAAAAUGCACAACUAUUUCACAAAAACAAACUCUUAAACAAAGAAUUCUAUCCUAAAAAUUCAGAUACCACUACAUAAAAGUUGAUCCAUCAUGUUUCAAUAUGAAUCUGCUCAUUUAUACUGUAAGUACCAAUGCCAAUUGAAUGGACACUUUAUGGUUAAAGAGGUACAGUCUGUUUGUUUGUAAUUUUUAUAUGUUCUUUUGCUUCAGUA